AUGAGAAAUAUUAAGCAUAAUAAUAUGUUUUGUAUGCCAAUUAUAAAACUGAAUUAUUUUUUUCUUUCCUAUUUAAAGGAAGAGUCAAGGCUGGAUGUUCUGAUAAAUAAUGCAGGGAUAUUCCAGUGUCCGUACAUGAAGACAGAGGAUGGUUUUGAGAUGCAAUUUGGUGUAAACCACUUGGGUCACUUCUUGCUCACCAACCUUCUUCUGGGCCUUCUCAAAAAUUCUGCUCCAAGCAGGAUUGUGGUAGUAUCCUCAAAACUUUACAAAUAUGGAGAAAUCAACUUUGAAGACUUGAACAGUGAAAUAAGUUACAAUAAAAGCUUUUGUUACAGUCGGAGUAAACUGGCUAACAUACUAUUUGCAAGGGAGCUGGCCCGUCGGUUAGAAGGGACAGGAGUCACCGUCAAUUCACUUCAUCCUGGGAUUGUCAGAACAAAUCUAGGCAGAUAUGUGAAUAUUCCUUUGUUGGCAAAACCCCUAUUCAGCUUGGUGUCAUGGGCUUUCUUCAAAACACCUCUGGAAGGAGCCCAGACUUCUAUUUAUUUGGCCUCUUCUCCUGAUGUUGAAGGCGUGUCAGGAAAAUAUUUUGGGGACUGCAAAGAGGAGGAACUCCUGCCUAAAGCCAUGGAUGACUUGGUUGCAAGAAAGUUGUGGGAUAUCAGUGAAGUGAUGGUGGGUUUGUUGAAAUAAGUGCCAGGGGGUUUGUGCUAAAGAAAUGCAGAUAGCUGUGCAAUACGUAUUUGCAACAGUGUAAUUCUCACUUUAAUGCUGUGGGAAUACAGAUUGUUUUGCUCACUAAGUAUUCAGUAGAGGAGUGAUUUGUGCUGGAACUGUUUUGAAAUAAAGGACUAUCUUUAUUUGAUAGACACAGGCAUUCAAAAGAAAGUCUGAAAUAAAUAGAGUUUGAGGGUGUGAAUAUAAUUCCUGGUUAAAUCUGCUUGGAAACUCAUGUUUUACAAAUAAAAAUGAAACAAAACUGUGUUUUGCGA